AUGUUCAACAGUGAUGCGAAGUUCGAUGGACAUCUCCAAUCUACUGUUCAGAACACCGAGACGGGAGCUCCAUGCUCCUGCCAUACUACAUUCAGGGAAGAUCCUUAUGACCAUGGGCCUUUCAUGGAGUUUCCUGAAAGGAUAGGUUUCUCUAGCCUUGUUACUGCUGUCGUAGGGGGCGAUGAGGUGGUCUGGACCAGCAAUUCAGUCUUGAAGCGAGAUUGGGGCUUUUUCCAGGCCUGGCUCUUCUUCGGUCUGCUUCAUCAAGUUUUGCAAGAGUCCUACUGUGCUAGAGACUUCAUUCUCGGACACCCUCAUCUCGACUUGGAAAUAUCCACUACUCGCUUGCCAAUACUGAUUGAGAAGUGGAGAGACAAGGCUCUGAUCGUUCAAACCCCUGACGAAGACGCCAUUCAAUACCUGGUGACCUGCUUGAAUAUCGCAAGCCAAUGUUUAAACCACCUCGAGAAGCACUUCGAUUCUCAAAUAAGGGCCUCGACAGCCUCAAUCGUUCAUGGCUUGGGUAUUGCAAUUUAUCACUCUAGUCAUAUCUCGGCGUCUCGGAGUGCGCGUCCGUUCUUGAUAACCUUCGACACUCCCCCGAGUACUAGAGAAGUGGAGCGCAUGACCUGUCUAGGUUGGUGCCCACAAGAAAUUGCGAACCUGACAACUCAAUGGGAUACGAUUUAUGCGCAGUACUUCAUAAGUCACUUGAAUAAGAGAGCUCCCCAUCGAGACCACAGCAAAUGCUCACGAACUCAUUGUGUAGCAUAUACAAGCAGACCACCAACUUACGCUACACAUACCGAUGAUUGCGAUGGAUGUUCUUCUAUCGUCAUUGAUGGCCGAUCUUUGACAACAAUUCUUCGACAAGGCCAUCUUCCACUACUACCUGUACCCAAGUUUUCUACCUCGGACCAAUUCAUCAUUUCUCCAGUUCCGUGGCAAAAGGGUAUGUCGUAUACUGCUAUUUCUCAUGUCUGGAUAGAUGGGCUAGGCAACCCAUAUCAAAAUGCGCUCCCGCGCUGUCAAGUUUCAAGGAUCUCGGACUUUGUCAGGGCAAUGCAAACAAGUCCUUCUGAGUCUGGGAAAGACUUAUACUUCUGGCUUGAUACGCUUUGUUGUCCAUGUGAACGCUAUGAUGAGUACCAAGAUGGCAAAGUACUUGCAUUAAACCGCAUGCGGGAAACUUACGAGGAAGCGGAGGCGGUGCUAGUGCUGGAUGCUAGCCUUGUCAUUAGAGAUUGUCAUGAGAUAAGCAGCCUUGAAAUUCUCGUUCGAGUCCUGAGUUCAGGGUGGUCUUUGCGCCUUUGGGCACUCCAAGAGGCUGCUCUUGCCAAGGUUUUGUAUGCCCAGUUCAGGGAUCGGAUUGUCCGUUCGACGGAUGACCAUUCCCUUUCAGAUGUUAUUGAAGCUGUUAAAUAUCGUGCGGUCACCGUGAAAUCCGACGAGCCGCUAUGUCUAGCUACAUUAAUGAGGCUACCAGUUUCGCUUGCAGCUGUACCCGAAAAUCCCGAGGACCUACGUAUGCAAGCAUUCUGGGACUCUGUUGCAGAAAGCACGACUGGGAUCCCCAAUUUCGUUGCGUUCCUACCGUACCCAAGACUAGGAAAGGGGGGCUAUCGCUGGGCGCCGAGAAGCUUUCUGGAUCCGGAUCCGAAUAUUAGCUUGCGAUACCCAAUAAAUGCCAAUCCAACGCACAAGUUUGGCUCUCUAUCUGCACGAGGACUAACAAUAAGGUGUCCUGGCGCCACAUAUCGCCCUUCGCUGGUACCAGAGAACAACGCUAUACAAAUGGCAAAGGAUGAACAACUUCCAAGUUGGUUUCAUAAAACCGUUUACCUCCGAAUGGCUCCCAACAAAUGGUAUGAGAUCCACGGAUCACCAGACGAUGAUGACUCGCUCCUCUCACUCGUGCAAAAUGAUGGCGUACCGCAAGCCUUCAUCUGGCUUGUGUCACUCGAAACCCACAACAAUCACCAUCAGGCGACGGCUGCGCUGGCUGUUGAACUCCUGCAUCACGAGAAUGCAGAGAUGCCUGUCGCACGGAUUCAGCGCCAUGUAGAUUUCGAAUACCGCACGGGUCUCAUCCAAAACGUGCUUGAGUCCGUACACGAGGCCGCAUGCGCGCUACGCGAACGUAUCAACGCUGAGGGUGGUGAUGCACUCAGUAAUCGCCGUCUCAAUCGGAAGCUAGAGAUGAUGAUCACUGAAGCAGGCUUACCAGUGCUGGCGAGUCAAACGGAUGCCACGAUUACGCCUGGACAGUUGAAUGCCAUGGCAUCUGACCUCGUCAAACUCUUCGCUUUCGGUUAUUAUCUACUAUGCGACCAAUCUUUUUCAGUAGAUCAUGAAUGGUGUUUGGAAUGA